GGGAGGCUGCCGGAUCCCCCGUUGCCAUGGUGACUUUUGUGCCUGGCUGAGCGGCUGCUGUGUGGAACAGGGAGGCGGCGGAGGACCGUGUUUCAACCAAGUGCAGGAAUUUUGCCAAAAAAAGGGACGGAUUCCCAAGCAGCCGGAGCGACACGCUGCCUCGACCCGGUCCACGGAAUCUGCAGAGGUGUCAGGACAGACGCAUUAGUCUUUUGCUUCAUUGCGCUGAUAUUGAACUUGAGGAACUCUUCGGUUGUGCAUUUGGACUUCCCUAAAGAUUGCUUUGCGUCCACCAGAUGCAGAUUUUCAUGCAUUUGUUUUUUUUUCUUCCUAAACCUUCACUUCAUUCAGGAUUGUUCCAGAUCGUUCUUCUUUUGCACAGCAUGAAUCCCAGCCACCUGUGAUGAGCUGCAGUUUGAGAGACUGACUCGAGAGCUGGAGGCUGAGCGCCAAAUCGUCACCACCCAACUGGAGCGAUGCAAACGAGGAUCUGAGACCCCCGGCAGCACCAUGAGCAACAUAAGUUCUGCAGAUGAACAUCUUCGCUGGGAUUCUGAAGAUGGACAGAAAGACAUCGAGGAUGAGCUGAACACUGGACUGGAGCUUGUGGACUCGUGCAUCAGAUCCCUGCAGGAAUCUGGGAUUCUCGACCAUCAGGAAUACAGCACGAGCGAACGACCGAGUCUGCUCUCUCACAGCUCGCUGCAGCUCGGCUCGAACUCCUCCGGAUAUCACAGCAGCCAGACUUCAGCUCUGAACGACGCCCAGCUUUCAGCAUCACCUCAGCUGCAGCAUCCUGGAGGAGCCGUCCACAACUACAACCAGGUGACGUCGAGUCGUGCAGCUCAACCGCAGAGCCAUGGCCCUGAACCCCAGCAGGCAUGUCCAGCCUCUGGAAUCUACUACUCCAGCUCCACGUUGCCUGCUCCUCGCCUCAGCUCUCCCCUGAGCUCCAUGCAGCCCUCUGGCACGGCCACCGGCUCGGCCAACAAGCUCCAGCGUCUGGGCUCGGCCUCGGACGCUCCCGCCUACGCCACCAGCCAGCGGCUGCAUUCCUCUUCCUCGUCCUCCUCACCCAAACCCUCUCCUGCAAGGCUCGCAAAGUCCUACAGCAGCAGUUCCCCUAUAAACGCUGUGGGAGCCGGCGGCCCGGCCUCGAGUUCACCCAUCCGCCUGGCAUCGCCGUCCAACAACGCCUCGCCGCUGCACCAGCAGCUCAGUGUAGGCAGCUACGCCACGCUCUCGCCCACCAAGAGGCUGGUGCACUCUUCCGAGCAGUACAAGAUUUCUCACGAGCUGUACGCCACCGCUACUCUGCAGAGGCCCGGGAGUCUCGCCGGAUCUCGGAGCUCAUACAGCAGUCAACACAGCCAUGCGGCUCCUGACCUGAGACCCCUACAGUCUCCGGAGCACCACAUCGAGCCCAUUUAUGAGGACCGGGUUUACCAGAAAGGCCCAAUGAGGAGCUUGAGUCAGAGUCAAGCAGAACCUCCUGGUCCAGGACAUACUGGAACUUACCGUACAAACACUGCCCCGUCCUCCCCCGGUGUUGACUCUGCCCCCCUGCAGAGAACCGCCAGCCAGAAUGCGUCUGGAACAUUCCCGCGUGGAGGCUACGCCAGCUACGUGGAGCCGUACCGCACGCUGCAGUACUGCUCAUCUGUGGAGUCUCCCUACAGCAAGUCGGGCCCUGCCCUUCCUCCAGAGGGGCCCCUGGCACGCUCGCCAUCAAUCGACAGCAUCCAGAAGGACCCCAGGGAAUUUGGUUGGCGAGACCCCGAGCUUCCUGAAGUCAUCCAGAUGUUGCAGCAUCAGUUUCCGUCGGUUCAGUCCAACGCUGCAGCGUACCUGCAGCACCUGUGCUUCGGGGACAACAAGAUCAAGGCUGAGAUCCGAAGGCAGGGUGGCAUCCCCUUGCUGGUGGACCUGCUGGAUCAUCGGAUGGCGGAGGUGCACCGGAGCGCCUGUGGAGCUCUGAGGAACCUGGUCUACGGGAAAGCUAACGACGACAACAAGAUAGCCCUGAAGAACUGUGGAGGAAUCCCAGCACUGGUACGUCUGCUGAGGAAAACCUCUGACGUGGACAUCAGGGAGCUGGUUACAGGUGUGUUAUGGAACCUCUCAUCAUGUGAUGCCCUGAAGAUGCCUAUCAUCCAGGAUGCUCUUGCAGUCCUGACCAACACCGUGAUCAUCCCUCUGUCGGCCUGGGACGUCUCGCCGCAUCAGGAGGACCGCAAGCUGCAGAUGCACACCUCACUCGUCCUGCGCAACGCCACCGGCUGCCUGAGGAACGUGAGCUCGGCUGGAGAGGAAGCGAGGAGGAGGAUGAGGGAGUGUGAGGGUCUGACCGACGCUUUGCUCUUCGUCAUCCAGACUGCACUGGGGAGCAGCGAGAUUGAUAGCAAGACCAUCGAAAACUGUGUAUGCAUCUUGAGGAACCUUUCAUACCGACUGGCCGCGGAAACUUCUCAGGGACAGCAGAUGGGCACCGAGGAGCUGGACGGACUUCUGUGCAGCGACUCCAACGGGAAAGACGGAGAGAGUUCGGGCUGCUGGGGGAAGAAGAAGAAGAAAAAGAAGGUGCUGGAUCAGUGGGAUGGUGUUGGUCCACUCUCAGACACGGCCGAGCCCCCCAAAGGAAUCCAGAUGUUGUGGCAUCCGUCCAUCGUGAAGCCGUACCUCUUACUGCUCUCUGAGUGCUCGAACCCGGACACGCUGGAAGGAGCAGCUGGAGCCCUGCAGAACCUGGCUGCAGGGAGCUGGAAGUGGUCAGUCUACAUCCGUGCUGCAGUGAGAAAAGAGAAAGGUCUGCCGAUCCUGGUGGAGCUCUUGAGGAUAGAUAACGAUCGGGUGGUGUGUGCGGUGGCUACGGCGUUACGCAACAUGGCCUUAGACGUCAGAAAUAAGGAGUUAAUCGGGAAGUACGCAAUGAGAGAUCUGGUCCACCGCCUCCCUGGCAGCAGUAACUCCAGUGGCAACAGCGGCGGCUCCACUAACAACAGCGUGUCGAGCAAAACCAUGUCGGAUGACACGGUGACGGCGAUCUGCUGCGCCCUGCACGAGGUCAUCACCAAGAACAUGGAGAACGCCAAGGUGCUGCGAGACGCUGGUGGAAUCGAGAAACUCAUCGGCAUCGCCAGGAGCAAAGGAGACAAACAUUCGCCCAAGGUGGUGAAAGCAGCGUCUCAGGUCCUGAGCAGCAUGUGGCAGUACAGAGACCUGCGCAGUCUUUAUAAGAAGGAUGGUUACUCCCAGUAUCACUUUAUCGGUUCUGCUUCGACGAUAGAACGAGACAGACAACGCCCCUACUCUUCCUCACGCACGCCUUCCAUCUCUCCGGUCCGGACCUCACCCAACAAUCGUUCAGCAAGCGCCCCCGCCUCGCCCAGAGAGAUGAUCAGCCUUAAGGAGAGAAAAACCGACUAUGAGUCCACUGGAACUAAUGCUAGUUUCCAUGGAAACAAAGGAGAGCACGCAUCAAGGAAAGACGCCACGUCAGUUCAAGUCUCGUGUGGAACCUCGACGCUGUUUCGUAACUCGUAUGCGACUCCAAACGAAGAAGUCAAACUCAACCAGAUCCCGCCUCAUCCAGCUCCCCAGGAGAGCAUCCCAAAGGACUACGAGGUGCUUCCUCCGUUUCAGAACUCCACUAGGAACUUUGAAGAGCCUUUUUUCGAAGAUCAGAUCCAUCAGCCUGCUCCUGCCGCUGACCUCAGCAUGCACCUGGGACUCAAGUCCACGGGGAACUACGUGGAUUUCUACUCGGCUGCACGUCCGUACAGCGAACUCAACUAUGAGACGAGCCACUACCCCGCCUCGCCCGACUCCUGGGUGUAGGACUCGACAGGAGACGUCCAUUCUUCAGAUGAUCCCAUGGAUGACCUCAUCUUCACCGCCACCCCCUUCCCUCCUCCUCCUCCUACUCCCGGUGACUUUGAGUUACCCGAGGAAAUCCGGGUGCUUGCAAAGAGAGGCUGGAAAACUGUGCAUGUGCAUGCAUACCACGUUUUUGUCAACACAUCGUUCGUUUCGUUCGGCAGAAGCCUCAUUCCGAGGAAAGAGAGAACACCGGGAUGUAAGCACAAAGAAAAAAAAAGGAAUGGAGAGAUUUAUGGAAAAGAUGAAUGCGGUUCGUGAUUUAGGGAAUUUAUAUAGCAAGAAGGAUGACAUUUUUAGGAACGGCUUUUUCCCCCCUUUUUUUUCUCACCACCCCAUCGUGUCGACUUUCGCAGAAUGUCUGAGGUUCGUUUGAGAUUUUUCCAGCCUUUUUAUCUAUUUUCGGUUAUUCCUCGACCCGUGUACGUUACACUGCUGACCCACGGACGUGACUUUAUCACACACAAAACACAAACCUAGCCGACUUUUAUUUGUUUUUUCCAGAGCAGGGUGUGUGUUACGAUGAUGUGAACGCAUUUGUGCUUCUAGAGCGACGUCGCGAAAGCAGUCAGGAGAACGUCAUUCCACUCUCCGUAUCGAUGAAGUGCUUUCUCACUGCCUAACAAGAGACAUGUAGAUAUUUUCUUUUGGUCAUUUUUUUUUUUGUCGCACAAUUUUUUUUUUGGAAGGUUGAACGAGCGUUAAAACAAAACAAAACACAUUGAUAACAAUGCCACCGUUUGUCAUUCACACCUGACUGACCAAACAUAUAAAAAAAAAUCACCACUGGAAAUGUUUUGACGCGUAUCUCAAAUGCGGAUUUCCGUUUCCUUUCGUUCAUGAGUGUGUUAUGAAUUAGGCUACUCGUCUAGGCAGCACUGGAGUAACGAGCCGCAGAGCCAGACGUCUCUAUGAGCUUCAUUUCCUCCAAAGAUGUACAAAAUCAGUCUCUCUCUCUGUGUGUUAGCCGAGUGUGUGCCGUGUGUCGUCCAUGUUCCAGAUGAUGACAGACACGGUGACGUGCGAUGCGGUGCGGCGUCCGACUUCUCCCGGCCAAAGCACCAUAAAAAUACAAAAAAAAUACAAAAAAUCUACUAGACUGAAAUGGUCAUAGAGAAUGAUGACGAUUCUAUAAAUAUACGUAUAAAUAUAAAUCUAUAUCAUUUUUAUGUGCAGAUAUCGGUGUCAUUAAAAAGCAACAAAACGGCAAGAAAAGACUUGUGUUAAAAAUAUUAGAAAAAUUCUCUUCACUUAAAUAAAUGUUCUAAUUCAAAAAGCCGAGAGUAAAGAAAGAACGAAAGAAAGAAAAAUAAACGUCAGUCCCCGGUCUCAGUUGUUGUUGUUUCCGAGCUCCAUAGAUAAUCAGGCUGGAUUUUAACGAUGUUCUGCUGCCAGGACAAUAAAAAAAUUACUGUUUGCAA